UCAGGUUUCUCCCUUUAGGGUUUCGGAGUAGCGGGGAAGCGCGUCACCCUGGUACACCGUUCACCGACUCGUUUUCAUCGUUUUUCGUCUUCAUGCAUGUGUGCGCAUGUGUUUUCUGGUAGAUAAGCAUGACUGAGAGCGCGAGCACCAGUAAUAAAAACGAGGAUUGUCAUGCGGCGAAUGGUGUGAAACCAGGAAGAAAUGGCAUGGUGAGGAAUCAUCACAUUCAUCAUCAGUAUCAACAGCAGGAGAAGAAGGUUAACCACCACGCUGCAUGCAAUGGAGAGCUGUACAGCAGGCCUUUCGUUGAAACCUUUGAGGAAACUCCUAUGCUGGUUGCCGUGCUCACGUACAUGGGCUACGGCAUCCUUACAAUCUUUGGAUAUCUGCGGGAUUUCAUGAGGGAGUGGAAAAUAGAAAAAUGCCACAUAGCCAGAGAAAGGGAGGAGCAAAAGGACUUUGUUCCACUUUAUCAAGAUUUUGAGGAUUUCUACACAAGGAAUUUAUACAUGAGGAUUCGGGAUAGCUGGAACAGGCCCAUUUGCAGUGUUCCUGGUGCCAAGUUUGACCUUGUGGAGAGAAAUUCCAAUGAUUACAACUGGACCUUUGAAUACACUGGCCGGGUGGUGAAGGAUGUCAUCAAUCUGGGCUCAUACAAUUACCUUGGCUUUGCUGAAAACACGGGGGCUUGUGCCGCUGCUGCUGGAGAGGUGACGAUGAAAUACGGGGCGGGCGUGGCCAGCACCAGACAGGAAAUGGGUAACCUCGACCGGCACGAAGAGUUGGAGAAGCAGGUGGCCUCAUUCCUCGGCGUAGAGUCAGCGAUGGCUUUCGGAAUGGGCUUUGCAACAAACUCCAUGAACAUUCCUGCAUUAGCUGGCAAGGGAUGCCUGAUCCUGAGUGAUGAGCUAAACCACGCCUCUCUGGUAUUGGGAGCCCGGCUCUCCUGCUCCACCAUCCGGGUUUUUAAGCACAAUAAUAUGCAAAGUUUGGAAAAGUUGCUCAGAGAUGCUAUAGUUCAUGGCCAGCCUAGGACACAUCGACCCUGGAAGAAAAUCCUCAUUCUUGUGGAAGGCAUCUACAGUAUGGAGGGCUCCAUCGUACGAUUGCCAGAAAUUAUAGCCCUGAAGAAGAAGUACAAGGCUUAUCUGUACCUAGAUGAAGCUCACAGUAUCGGGGCAUUAGGACCGACCGGCAGAGGGGUGGUGGAGUAUUUUGGCCUGGACCCCAAGGAUGUGGACAUCAUGAUGGGCACCUUUACAAAGAGCUUUGGUGCUGCAGGUGGUUACAUAGGAGGUAAAAAGGAUUUGAUAGACUACCUACGAACGCACUCGCACAGCGCGAUUUACGCAACCUCCAUGCCGCCUCCUGUCGCGGAGCAAAUCAUCACUUCUAUGAAGUGCAUUAUGGGAGAGGAUGGAACGUCAAUAGGUCGUUCGCGAAUCCAGCGGCUGGCUGAAAACACAGUAUAUUUUCGCAGGAGAAUGCGGGAGAUGGGAUUCAUUAUCUAUGGCAACAAUGACUCACCUGUGGUACCCAUGAUGCUCUACAUGCCUGCCAAAAUUGGGGCAUUUGGUCGGGAAAUGUUAAAGAGAAACAUUGGGGUGGUGGUGGUGGGCUUCCCAGCCACGCCCAUUAUUGAGUCCAGAGCCCGAUUUUGUAUCUCCGCAGGCCACUCCAAAGAAAUGCUGGACAGGGCAUUGGGUGUGAUCAGUGAAGUCGGCGACCUGCUGCAGCUGAAGUACUCGCGCCGCAAAGUUCUUCCCUCCUCGGAUCGGCUUUUUGAUGAGACCACAUACGAGGAGAACGAGGAAUGACGCACUUCCUUUCUUGACCAAAUGUGCACUGCUCAUCUUCUGUCCCCUGAAAGAAGGAACCACUUAAUAAAUCUAACUUUUUUUUAAAA